CGCGUUUUGUCUUUCGUUUUCGUUUGUCAGAUGAAACGGUGCGUUUUUUGUUGCGAUGGUCGUCGUCAGGUAGAGAGAGACGCGAAGUCCUGAUCGCUCUCUCAGGUCUUAGCCCUAAGACUACGAGUCGACUCAGCCGAACUGUGAAUGCAGUUUUGAUUUCAAUCCCUUAGGAUCUUAGUUAUGGCUACUUGCUUGCGUGGAAUCACGAAGAGAGUUAAUCUUCUACAGAGACGAGUUUAUCCAUCGUGUGGUCAUCUAAUUCGUGAUGAUAGAGAUGAAACUAAAUCUGGUUCUUCGGAUACAAUGAUUCGUGAAGUCUUAGCACGUAAUGGGACUAAUAAGCUUAGCUCUAUGUUUGCGGAUAGGCAUUAUCAGUCGUUUGCUACUGGUCCGUUGGGUCUUGGAUUGUCUUCGUGUCGGCAUAUGAGUUCUACACCACCAGAAUGGUCUGAUAAAGUUGAUGGUAUCGACUUUGUGGCUACGGAGGUUGUUCCCGAUGAAAUCAUUGAAGCUGUGACCACCACAAGCCAAGCUGUUGUUCCUGCUAUAAACGAGGUUGCUAUUGCUGCUGCCGAUUCUGCUUUUCCUGUUGCUGCUUUGCAGCAUUUGAUUGAUGCUGUGCAUUCCUUUACUGGCCUGAACUGGUGGGCUUCAAUAGCCUUGACAACUGUUCUUAUCCGUGGAGUUACAAUACCUAUUCUUUUGAAUCAACUAAAGGCUACUUACAAACUCAAUGUUCUGAGGCCACAACUGGAGGAGUUAAGACAAGAGAUGAGCACUAAGGCUCAGGAUCCUGAAGCCAUGGCAGAAGGUCAAAGACGGAUGCAAUUAUUGUUUAAAGAACAUGGAGUAACUCCAUUUACCCCCCUCAAAGGACUUAUUAUUCAAGGUCCCAUCUUCAUCAGCUUUUUCUUUGCGAUCAGGAAUAUGGCCGAGAAAGUCCCAUCAUUUAAAACCGGGGGAACUCUUUGGUUUACUGAUCUGACCACCACAGAUACCACUUAUAUCUUGCCACUCCUCACUGCAGUGACUUUCUUGAUUAUGGUAGAGUCAAACAUGCAGGAAGGUCUUGAAGGCAAUCCAGUAGCUGGAACUAUGAAGAAAUUCUCAAGAAUCAUUGCCUUCCUUUCUAUUCCAGUUUUGAUUGGCAUUGAAAAGGCAUUGUUUUGUUACUGGCUUACUUCCAACCUAUUUACUCUUGUGUAUGGAUUAACAUUAAGACGUCCUGAUGUGAGGAAGCUCUUGAAUCUCCCAGAUGUUGUCAACUCUUCUACUAGGCAGCCAUCACCGUCUUCGCCUUUGCCAUUUUCCUUUGCCGAGCCAAAAGACCAAAGUGUUGUUGCUCAAGAAAAACCUCCUAUGUCCUCCGAGUCAUCUUCAAGUGUUCCAGAUAGAAGAAUCUCACGGAGUUCAGUUCUGAAUCAGAGAAUCAGAACUCUGGAGAGACAACUCAAGGACCGAAAGAUCAAGAAGUGAGAGAUUCUUUUAUGUCAGUGUUUUUUUGCUAAAACUAGCCGAUACUGAAAAAGAACCAAGUAUCCUCGGGAAAUUAAGAUUUUGAGUUAAUAGGAAAAAUUUCAGUUGAACCUUUGCAUUGAAAUGAAUUAGCUUAAUUUUAACUUGAAGAUGAAUGAUAAAAGUAAAUUUUCCCA